AGCUAGGGUUUACCAUACUCACAGACAAACCUACUUUCUCUCCCCUUUCUUGCUCUUUCUUUCCUGCCAAUCACCCACCCACCCACACUCAAACUAUGUGCUCUCAUUAAAGCUCUCUUCUUUAGAGACCCAAUGCCUCUGAAUUCAACCCCAAAUCACUAGAGAAGCCACCUACAUUAUCUUAUCUUCUCUUCAUUCCGGCUUCUGGGUUGCUCUUGUUUUGUGGGUAAUCGGAAAAUGCAUUACCCAGUUUCUCUCAUAUGGAUCUUUUUGUUUGUUUUGAUCCCUAUUUGCAAACCAGAUCUCGCCUCCGAUAAGAGAGCGCUGCUGGCGCUCCGCUCUUCUGUGGGGGGUAGGACCCUGCUCUGGAAUGUGUCCAGUGACACCCCCUGCUCCUGGCCCGGGGUCAAUUGCGAGCAAAAUCGGGUCACUGUGCUUCGUCUACCCGGGGUUUCUCUCUCCGGCGAAAUCCCAUCUGGGAUUCUUGGGAACUUGACGGAGCUGCGGACUCUGAGCCUGCGUUUCAACUUCUUGUCUGGACAGCUCCCUUCGGAUCUCGGACAAUGUGCAAAUCUCCGGAAUCUUUACUUGCAGGAAAACCGUUUUUCCGGUGAGAUCCCGGAUUUUCUGUACGGUCUUCAUGCUCUUGUAAGGCUCAAUCUUGCUUCCAAUAAUUUCUCUGGGGUGAUCUCCGAUGGGUUUAACAAUUUGACCCGGUUGAGGACUUUGCUUCUUAAUAGCAACCAGUUUUCUGGGUCGAUACCUGCUUUGAAUUUGCAAAAUCUUGAUCAGUUCAACGUGUCUAACAAUUUCUUAAAUGGGUCGGUGCCAAAGGGACUGCAAAAGUAUGGGUCCAGUGCCUUUCUGGGUAAUUUGCUUUGUGGGCAGCCACUUGAGAAUGCUUGUUCUCCUCUUGCUGCCACCCCUGCUGGCACCCCUGCUGGGGACGUGCCUGCGGGCGCCACUGCAGCAGCAGCCGUGAAGAAAGAAAAGAAGAAAUUGUCUGGUGGAGCAAUUGCGGGUAUAGCAAUCGGAUGUGUUGUGGGUUUUCUGCUGCUGGUCGUGAUUUUGGUGAUCUUAUGUAGAAAGAAGAGUAACAGAAAAUCAAGGUCCAUUGACAUUGCAUCCUUAAAGCAGCGGGAAGUAGAAAUUCCCGGGGAGAAACCAUCUGGGGAAGUGGAUAGUGGUGGAUAUGGGUAUUCUGUGGCAGCAGCUGCAGCUGCAGCAAUGGUGGGGAAUGGAAAAGUAGGAGAGGCGAAUGGCGCUGGGACUAAGAAGUUGGUGUUCUUUGGGAACGCAUCGAGGGUGUUCGAUUUGGAGGAUUUGUUGAGAGCGUCUGCAGAAGUACUGGGAAAAGGGACAUUUGGGACAGCAUACAAGGCGGUCUUGGAGGGUGGCACUGCGGUGGCCGUGAAGAGGUUGAAGGAUGUCAUACUUUCUGAGAAGGAAUUCAAAGACAAAAUUGAGGGGGUGGGGGCUAUGGAUCAUCAAAAUUUGGUCCCUCUUAGGGCUUACUAUUACAGCAGGGACGAGAAGCUUCUUGUCUAUGAUUACAUGCCUAUGGGAAGCUUGUCUGCCCUUUUGCAUGGGAACAAAGGUGCUGGAAGGACUCCCUUGAACUGGGAAAUCAGGUCUGGAAUUGCCCUUGGAGCUGCCCGCGGUGUCGAGUACCUACACUCACAAGGCUCUAAUGUCUCCCAUGGGAACAUAAAAUCGUCAAAUGUUCUCCUCACUAAAUCCCAUGAAGCCCGAGUCUCUGAUUUUGGCUUAGCACAUCUUGUUGGGCCUUCCUCCACCCCCACUCGUGUUGCUGGGUACCGUGCACCAGAAGUCACUGAUCCUCGCAAGGUAUCUCAGAAAGCUGAUGUUUAUAGCUUUGGUGUAUUACUCUUGGAGUUACUGACCGGGAAAGCCCCCACACAUGCCCUCUUGAACGAGGAAGGCAUUGACCUUCCAAGAUGGGUGCAGUCAAUAGUUAAAGAGGAGUGGACCUCUGAAGUUUUCGAUCUUGAGCUCCUCAGGUAUCAGAAUGUUGAGGAAGAGAUGGUUCAGCUGUUGCAGCUUGCAAUAGAUUGUACUGCCCAGUACCCAGACAAGCGCCCUUCAAUGUCUGAGGUGACUAGGCGCAUUGAGGAGCUACGUCGAUCCAUUGUACAUGAUGACAUAGACAGCCAGCCUGAUCAAGUCAAUGACACUGAUGAUUCUCAGUGAGUCAAUCCAGGUCCAGGUUGAUAAGUCAGUCACCAUUAUUUGUCAUGGAGUUGAAGUUCAUGGUAGUUUUUUUUUCUUUUCUGUGUUUCCAUGCCCAUAAAUAUUAGCAUGUUGAAUGUGGUUCUUUUCCUGGAUGCUGAUCUGGGCAGAUAUUUCUUUGAUUAGGGGCCAAACUGUAUUUUGCUCUUUUUCUUAGUUCUUUUCUACUGUCAUUUUAGUUUCCCAAUUGUCCUGCUUUUCAUUUGGAGCUUACACCUGAGGUAGAAAACUGUUUCAUAUGGUUGUUGUUGGGUGCUUGUAAUUAUUUCUUCAGCUUUUGCUUUUUCAGCUUUUGCUUUGCUUCACAACUUUAUAUCCGUUUAAGCAGAGACAUUUACAACCAGGAGGUUGAGUAUAUUAAAAUAUCUCUUAACAU